CUUCAGGUUAUGAAAUGGGAAGCCAGCGAGGAUGCAGGGACAUGGGCAGUAAGUCCCCCGUUGGUGGUUAAGGCAGCAAAUGCUUAAGUUGUAAACGGUAAGAAGCUCCUGCUCCCUGCUCCUCCUUACUAUCUGCCAGCCCCUCUUUGAAGCUGCUAAUGAGUAAGCAGACUUCACAGGCAAGUUCAGACUCCUUCCCAGCAGCGUGGGCACUGCAGUCACUGGGGGUCCCGGGCGUUCCUUUGCAGUUUCCUAGCCGGAUGGUGAAAACAAUAAUGCAGCCUAAUUGGUCCCUGGUUCUUUCUAGUGAAUGAAGGAGGUUUCUGUUUUAAGAAAUAAAGUGCCUUAGCUGUUGAUUCACUGCCCACAGGGAGAUUUCUGAGCACAGGCUUCCUAGCCUCCGCGGAGAUUUGCAUACAACUUCCACUUCCUGCUUCAGAGCCUGUUCUACAACUUACCUGGCCCUGGACAGGGCAAAAGAAGUCCAGAGCAACCCGAGGUGAAGGCAAGAGAAGCAGAAAGCGCGACCACCCCCAGCUGUCUGUCUGUGUGUCUGUCCCUCGUGGGUCUAAGAAACUAGAAUGAACCGAAGCAUUCCUGUGGAGGUUGAUGAAUCAGAACCAUACCCAAGCCAGUUGCUGAAGCCAAUCCCGGAAUAUUCUCUGGAAGAGGAAUCAGAACCACCUGCUCCAAAUAUAAGAGACAUGGUGUCCACCAGCUUGCCUGUACCCAACCCCCCUCACUGUACCUCAGGAGACUUUUCUCAGGCUUACCCUCCCCUGAAACUUGCAAAUUAUCAGCGACCUGUGUCCCAGGAGGUCAUCUGCCUACGCACUAAAGUCCUGGAGGAGAGUGAUGGCAGUUUCUUCAGGAGGCAUCCGGAUCCUGGCAAAGAUUUUCCCUUGGGUGCCUCUACCACCCGCCGGCCAGGGUCUGUGUCUGUGGCUACACCCCUCCCCCAACAGCAUCAGUUUUCACUUAUGGAAAAACGUAAUCCAUGGCUGGGAUCUCAGCUUUCAGCAGCUUCUCCUGACACUGGCCAUGACUCAGACAACUCAGACCAAAGUUUACCUAAUGCCCCAGCUGACUCUUUGGGCAGUGGCCAAGAGACAGUGCCACAGCCACAGCCACAGCUCCACAGGAACCAGACAGCCCCAGAUCUGCCAACGAUAGAUACAGGAUAUGAUUCCCAGCCCCAGGAUGUCAUGGGCAUCAGGCAGCUGGAAAGGCCCCUGCCCCUCACCUCUGUGUGCUGCCCUCAGGACCUCCCUGGCCCACUCAGGUCCAGAGAAUUCUUGCAGUUUGAACCUCAGAGGUACCCAGCCUGUGCCCAGAUGCUACUUCCCCAUCAUUCCCCACAUGCUCCAUGGAACUAUCACUACCACUGUCCUGGAAGGCCCGACCCCCAGAUACCAUAUGGGCACAAUUACCCUCAAGCAGCCUACCAGCAAGUGAUCCGGCCAACUCUGCCUGGGCAUCCCCUUCCUGGAGCAACUGUGAGAGGCCUGCACCCAGCACAGAAGGUCUGGCCGAAUUAUCCCAGCCCCCAGAACCAAGAAGACAGGCCUGUAGGGAGAGACUAUUCCUUCCCAGAGCUUCCAAGGGACCAGCAGCACUACCAGCCACCUAAUGGGACUGGUGUUCCCGAAGAGUCCUCACAACAUCCCGCAGAGCUGAGACCACAGGCUCCCCAGGCUCUGGCCCCAGUUGCUGUGCCUAGACCCCCUAGUAACCCAUUACCCCGAGGAACUCUAAAAACUAGCAAUUUGCCAGAAGAAUUGCGCAAAGUCUUCAUCACUUAUUCUAUGGACACAGCUAUGGAGGUGGUGAAAUUUGUGAACUUUUUGUUGAUAAAUGGCUUCCAAACUGCAAUUGAUAUAUUUGAGGACAGAAUCCGAGGCAUUGAUAUCAUUAAGUGGAUGGAGCGCUACCUUCGGGAUAAAACAGUGAUGAUAAUCGUAGCCAUCAGCCCCAAAUACAAACAGGAUGUGGAAGGCGCUGAGUCGCAGCUGGAUGAAGAUGAGCACGGCUUACAUACUAAGUACAUUCAUCGAAUGAUGCAGAUUGAGUUCAUAAAACAAGGAAGCAUGAAUUUCAGAUUCAUCCCUGUGCUCUUCCCAAAUGCCAAGAAGGAGCAUGUGCCCACCUGGCUUCAGAACACUCAUGUUUACAGCUGGCCCAAGAACAAAAAAAAUAUCCUACUGCGGCUGCUCAGAGAGGAAGAGUAUGUGGCUCCUCCCCGUGGGCCUCUGCCAACCCUUCAGGUGGUACCCUUGUGAUGCCAACCAGUCCCAGACCACUGGAGCCAUUCCACACUUGAGAUUCUGUUCUGAUAGCCUUCUGCUAGUUGAAGCUGGUCUGUGACACUGGUGGCUGCUUUUCAGCAUAUUGCUUCUGCAGUGCAUUUGCCCCCCAGGACAGGCUGCUCUGCAUUUUCUUGCUUUGCUAAAACCUGCUGAAGGUACCUAUGUCAGCAUGUUCCUAUGUACAGUAUGAUGUGUCCAUUCUGGGCCUCUUGGUGCUUAGUGAGUAGAUAAUGUAAGUCGGCAGUACAGCAGCAAAUGGCGAAUGACCUCAACAUUCCCGUUGCUCCAGGCUACUUUUAUGAGUUAGCCAGAUGUUUGUGUGUCCUCAGACCAAACCGCUCCAUGUACAAAUAAUAAAAUGUUUACUCUUUCCUAAGAGUGUGUUUCACUUAUCUCAAGGGAGAUAAACAUAUAUUAAUUUAUAAUGAUAUGGACAGCCACCUC